GCGCAGCGCCCUGGCGCUGGAGGAGGGCCGCGCGCCGCGUCCGCAAGGAAGACGCUGCGAGCGACCCCGGGUUCCGGCGGGCAGCUAGGGGACUCACGGAACUCUGCUGCGACGUCUGGUCGCUACUGAGCUGGGCGCCGCGCCUGCCUGGCCGACGGGUCGGGCCCGGCCUGGCGUCGAAGGGGACACGCGCGGUGGAAACGCUGAGGAUCGAGGCACUGCGGCCUGAGCAAAACCCAAUAAAAGAACAUGACAUUCGGAGAUAGAAGACUUAGUUUCAAAUUCCUGCUCCUUCACUUACUAUAUUUGUGAUUUGGGAAAUAUCUAUGCAAGAUGUUGGCGUUGCAGAUUUGGCUAGUGAAAGCUUUGCUUAUUUUCCUCACAACUGAAUCUAUAGGUGAACUUCUGGAUCCCUGUGGUCACAUUGACCCUGAAUCUCCAAUAAUACAACGUGGCUCUAAUUUCACUGCAGUUUGUGUGUUAAAGGAAAAAUGUAUGGAUUAUUUUCAUGUAAAUGCUAAUUACAUUAUCUGGAAAACAAACCAUCUUACUGUUCCUAAGGAACAAUAUACCGUCAUAAACAGAACAGCAGCCAGUGUCACCUUUACAAAUUUAGUUUCACCAAAUCUUCAGCUUACUUGCAACAUUCUUACAUUUGGACAGAUUGAGCAGAAUGUUUAUGGAAUCACAGUUCUUUCAGGAUUUCCCCCAGAAAAACCUAAAAAUUUGAAUUGCAUUGUGAAUGAAGGAAGAAAAAUGAUGUGUCAGUGGGAUCCUGGAAGGGAAACAUACUUGGAAACAAACUUCACUUUAAAAUCUGAAUGGGCAACAGAGAAAUUCGAUGAUUGUAAAACAAAACCUGACACCCCAAACUCAUGCCUUGUUGACUAUUCUCCUGUGUAUUUUGUCAACAUUGAAGUCUGGGUAGAAGCAGAGAACGCCCUUGGGAACAUUACAUCAGAUCAUAUUAAUUUUGAUCCUAUAGAUAAAGUGAAGCCUAAUCCACCACGUAAUUUAUCAGUGAGCAACUCAGAGGAACUGUCCAGUAUCUUAAAAUUAUCAUGGAUCAAUCCAAGUAUUAACAGUGUGAUAAGACUGAAAUAUAACAUUUUAUAUAGGACCAAAGAUGCCUCAACUUGGAGCCAGAUUCCUCCUGAAGAUACAGCAUCUACCCGAUCUUCAUUCACUGUCCAAGACCUGAAGCCUUUUACAGAAUACGUGUUUAGGGUUCGCUGUAUGAAGGAAGAUGGUAAGGGAUUUUGGAGUGAUUGGAGUGAAGAUGCAAGUGGGAUCACAUAUGAAGAUAGACCAUCCAAAGCACCAAGUUUCUGGUAUAGGAUAAAUCCAUCCCAUUCUCACGGCUAUAGAUCUGUACAACUUAUAUGGAAGACAUUGCCUCCUUUUGAAGCCAAUGGGAAAAUCUUGGAUUAUGAAGUGACUCUUACAAGAUGGAAAUCAUACUUAAAAAAUUACACAGUUAAUGACACAAAAUUGACAGUAAAUCUCACAAAUGAUCGCUAUACUGCAACUCUAACAGCAAGAAAUAUAGUUGGCAAAUCAGAUGCAUCCAUUUUAACUAUCCCUGCCUAUGACUUUCAAGCUACUCACCCUGUAACGGAUCUGAAAGCAUUCCCCAAAGAUAACAUGCUUUGGGUAGAAUGGACUGCUCCAAGUAAAUCUGUAAAGAAAUACAUACUUGAAUGGUGUGUGUUGUCGGAUAAAUCACCCUGUAUUCCAGACUGGCAGCAAGAAGAUGGUACUGUGCAUCGCACCUAUUUAAGAGGGAAACUAAUGGAGAGCAAAUGUUAUUUGAUAACUGUUACUCCAGUAUAUACUAAUGGACCAGGAAGCCCUGAAUCUACAAAAGCAUACCUUAAACAAGCUCCACCUUCCAAAGGACCUACUGUUCGAACAAAAAAAGUGGGGAAAAACGAAGCUGUCUUAGAGUGGGACCAACUUCCUGUUGAUGUUCAGAAUGGAUUUAUCAGAAAUUACACUAUAUUUUAUAGAACCAUCAUUGGAAAUGAAACUGCUGUGAAUGUGGAUUCUUCCCACACAGAAUAUACACUGUCCUCCUUGACCAGUGACACUUUGUACAUGGUCCGAAUGACAGCAUACACAGAUGAAGGUGGAAAGGACGGUCCAGAAUUCACUUUUACUACACCAAAGUUUGCUCAAGGAGAAAUAGAAGCCAUAGUCGUGCCUGUUUGCCUAGCAUUCCUGUUGACAACUCUUCUGGGAGUAUUGUUCUGCUUCAAUAAGAGAGACCUAAUUAAAAAACACAUCUGGCCUAAUGUUCCAGAUCCCUCAAAGAGUCAUAUUGCCCAGUGGUCACCUCACACACCUCCAAGGCACAAUUUUAAUUCAAAAGAUCAAAUGUAUUCAGAUGGAAAUUUCACUGAUGUAAGUGUUGUGGAAAUAGAAGCAAAUGAUAAAAAGCCUUUUCCAGAAGAUCUGAAAUCACUGGACCUGUUCAAGAAGGAAAAAAUUAGUACUGAAGGACACAGCAGUGGUAUUGGGGGGUCUUCAUGCAUGUCAUCUUCUAGACCAAGCAUUUCUAGCAGUGAUGAAAAUGAAUCUACACAAAACACUUCGAGCACUGUCCAGUAUUCUACUGUGGUGCACAGUGGCUACAGACACCAGGUUCCAUCUGUCCAAGUCUUUUCAAGAUCUGAGUCCACCCAGCCCCUGUUAGAUUCGGAGGAGCGGCCAGAAGAUUUGCAGUUGGUAGAUAAUGUAGACAGCAGUGAUGGCAUUUUGCCCAGGCAACAGUAUUUCAAACAAAACUGCAAUCAACCUGAAACCUGUCCAGAUAUUUCACAUUUUGAAAGGUCAAAGCAAGUUUCAGCAGGCAACGAGGAAGAUUUUAUGAGACUUAAACAGCAGCAGAUUUCUAAUCAGAAUUCACAGUCCUGUGGAUCUGGGCAAAUGAAAAUGUUUCAGGAAGUUUCUGCAGCAGAUGCUUUUGGCCCAGGGACUGAGGGACAAGUAGAGAGAUUUGAAACAGUUGGGAUUGAGGCUGCAAUUGAUGAAGGGAUGCCUAAAAGUUACUUACCACAGACUGUUAGACAAGGUGGCUACAUGCCUCAGUGAAAGACUAAUUCCUUCAACUUCACCUAUGAAAUAAAGCUAAAAAUAUUUUAUCUGUGACGUCAGAUAAAAAAUUAUCUUCACUCCCUGAAGAUGAGUAUUUGCCCUGAAGGACAAAAAUCUCACCUGAACUGUUUUCAUUCCAGAACUCUGGGAUUUUACUUUAAGCACUACAGAAACUGACUUUAUCCUCUGAAUAGCUGAAUGACUUUGUGCUGUUUUACAAUGUUUGCACUGAAGAAAAACAGAAAGCUUGUCUGAACUUUAUGGAAUUAAACUUUGUGUUUUGCUAUGUAGAAAAUAGAGUAUUUACAUAAUGAGUAGCGAUCGAAUAGUUUUUCUUUGGGUGAGAAUAAUCAUCAAAGAAAUUGGUUUAGGGAUGGUUAAUGUGAAAAAGAAGAGCAAGAUCUAGAUCCUCUACUUCAUCUGACAUCACAAUUUAAAAAGAGGUCCAUAAGGCAUGACUGAGCCCAGCGUUCGAAGUCUCACCAAAGAAAUGGUAGGGGUGGGUUCAUUUAUAGGACAGAGAAUAUUCUUUAGUUCCCUUGUUAAGGUAAUGAUGCUGCCAAUUGUUAUUUGAGAAAAGGAACUCCAGAUCUUUAACUUGGCAGAUUAAAAAUAUUUUAAAUAUUGUAUAAUCAAUCUCACUAAAUUUUUAAAAAAUUGACAACCUCUUUGAAGGUCCAUUUCACAAAUUGAGCAGAGUGCCCUUACAAGAGCUAGGAAUAAACAUCAUGAACUGUCUCAAGCAUUUUAAAAGUUGUUUGCCAUUUUUAAGGCUUAAAUUGUUAACAUUUUUUAUAUACGUGUGUAAACAUAAGUGACCCUUGUUAAGACUUCACAGAAUUUGGUUGACAAAGCAUUUUAUACAAUGUCAGCAGUUUAAAAUGUAUUUUUAUUGAAUAUGCCUUGUUUUUAAGUAUGCCAAGGUUAAAAUUUUUCUAAUAAGCAUUUGAAGCAAACUGAGUUAGAGGGCAGUAUUCAUCACAACAAAAAGCAGAACCCUAAAAAUGUAUAUAUUAAUUAUAGUAAAUAUCAAUUAGCAAAUAACCUUAUUGUAAAGAAACCUAAUUGAGAGGUUUUUUUUGUUUUGUUUUACAUGGGUAGGGGGAUCAGUUUUUGUUUUUGAGAUGAGGUCUUUCUGUGUCGCCUGGGCUGGCCUCAAACUUCUGAGCUCAAAUGAUCCUGCCCAGCCACCUGAGUAGCUGGGACACAGGCAUGUGCCAUGCAUCUGGCAAGGGAUAGUAUUUUAAUAUCUGCCAGUUCUGAGAUAGAGUGGAACUUAGUUCUACAUUGUGAUUUAGGAAUAUUUUAAACCUCUCCCUUCCAAUUCUGUUCUUCAGUGGAGAAGCAAGCCAGGCUUCCAGGGUUUAGCAUUGAAGUCACUAAUGCAUUUAUGUCAUUCUCUAAUAACUGUAUGUGACCUGGAGGCAGGGGUUAAAGAAUGGGGUUGAGUAAGAAGAAUUGUCAUGCUCUGUUAGUGGUUAACUACUACCAUCAAGCGAAUUCAGAGGGGAAAGGUUUGUUUUUCUACUAUUAAGUUUCAGAAAACAGGCAGACUUAAAAUAGUUUGUAGAUGUUAUUAAAAAAAAAAAAAAAAAAAGCUAAAAAAAAUUGGAAUGUAUUUACAGUUGAAUUCUUUUUACUCAGAAUAUUGACCUUAUUAGGCUUCCUGUUUUAUUUUAUCAUUUGUAUACUUACAUUUAUAUAAUGCCUAAUACUUCUCUGAGCUCUUUCACAUAUAUGAUCUUCGUGAGAGUAGAUGCUUUAUUGUGAGAUCUAAUUUCCUACUUUAGGCAAAACCGACAUGAGAUUAGUAAAACGAUAGAAUAAGUAGAUGAAAAUAGGGCACAGAGAGGUCAAGUAGGGACAGAGACCCCCAGAUUCACACUACAAGAUUACAGUGUCACCAGCAUUCUAGAUGGGUCAUCAAAUGCUGGUCCAGAUCAGGACUAGAUGUGUCUUUUGCUAUGUAUAUUUGUUAGGAAAUUUGUACCUAUUUUAUUUUGUUUCCUCAAAUUAAGUAGUAAUGUUAUUGUGAUCAUGUUCAGCUCUAACCUUCCUCAUAACAAAUAGCAGUGUUGUGAAGAACAUUGUGAAGUUUGUUCAUUUGGGGGAGCAUUUAUAAAAUGUGAACUCAUGAUCCAAGGGCAUGAGAAUAGAGGGUCAUGGAAGAAAAGACUGCAUGUAAGUAAAUUUGCAUGUUGAAUCUCAUAUAGAACAUGGGACAGUGAGAGAAUGUCACAGAGCACUUUAGACAUAUUAAGUGGUUACAUGGUUACUGUGCAAAAAUUCAUUCAGGAGAAAAAUAUUGACGCACCAAUAAGUAAUGUGCAUUUUUGCCCAAAAAGAAAAGCAAUCAUAAAACUUGUUUUAAAUACAAAAUUACUUUUCUAGAGCAUGUUUUAGAAUAAUCUUUUAAUGCAUGUACAUUGUAUUGUAGGUAGACAGAAAUCCCAUUUAUUUAUGUAAAAACUAGUUUAAUAAAGUUAGUGGAUCUAUUACUCUUUAAAUCUUCAGUGUGGUUUAAUGCUAGCACACCAGAAAACUGUCUCUGUGGACAAAACUAAUACACUGCUUCUAAUGCAGUUUGCCCCCUUUAGGAUUAAAGAAAAAAAGAAUAUAACCUGUUAUAUGUGCUGCUAUUGUAAUUUAAGUGUCAGUUACUGGUCUGUUUGGUAUCUUACCCUUAGUUCUCAUAAAGGCAUAAUACUGAAUAAUUAUUAGAAAAUUAAAACUUCAGACUUUUUUUCUAUUAAAAUCUAAUUUUUUUAUCCUUUUUUAGAAUGAAUCUGUGAGUACUCAGGAACAUACCCAACAUUUGAAUAGUCAGGGAAAAAACACAAAACUAUUUAUAUGUCAUCAUGCCUGUUCUCUACCUAGUUCAUUUAACUUCAACCUUAUUCCUUGAAAAGUGAUUUUACCACCUGAAGUCACCUGCAACCCUAGCUCUUAUCGUGAAAUUAAAGGUUAAUGAAGUUUGUAUACUUAUAAGACAUUUAUUAAAGCUCAUAUUUAAAAUAGUUUUAGAAAUAGAAAUCAAAUCAUUUUUAAAGGUGUCAUUUUGCCCAUAUUAACUAGUUAAAACCAUACAUACAUGUAAAAGUAUAAUAGUCGUAUAGAAUUCCCAGAAAUAUUUAUCUAUUGGUGUGUGUUUAAACCAAGGAAAUCAAGCAGGAGCCAUCUUUCCCCAUUCACUUAUAUUCUACAUCAUUCUCCUAUUUGAUUUUACUCCGCUGGUUUUAAAAGCAAAUUUCUGAAUUUGCUUGUGUUUCAGUAAAGUUUACUUGUGUUUCAGUAAAGUUUUAUUAUGGCAAAAUGAGUAAAAUAUCAAAACAAUAAGCUAUGUAAAACAAUGUUAUUUAAAGGAAUUGGAAUAGUGCUCUAUUGUAAGCAUUACCAUUAGAUUAUAUUGCCCAGGUAAGAUUGCUUUUUAAAAAAUUUUUGUACUUUUAUGUAAAUUUAGAAAAUAUGCAGCCAUAAAAUGGCUUAGCCUAAAAUCAGGGAUGAUCACAGACUGCAAAGAAAAAAGUCUAUACUAGCAAACCUACAGCCUAAUUCUUUAGAGUGGUCCUUGGCAGCAGUUCCUAUUCCAACUGUUAAAUAAAUUGGAUUCAGAUAUAAAUCAGAAGAAAAUUUCUAAAGCUGAGUAUAAUAGCUUUUGAAUUAAUUGAUUUUUUUCAUCAUAUAUUCUCUGAAUCUGUGCAUUAGCAUGAUAUUCUAGAGCACACAGCAUUAGAUAAAAAAGGUGGCAGCUCAGGGUGAGCUCUUCUGUUACUCGUUCCUAUAUUUUUAAAGGCUCUUUGCAGUCAGUAACUCCCUCAGAGUGGUUAAUUUUAUUACCCAAUUGUUGAUAGUUGAUGGAUCAUGAUAAAAAAGCAUUUAAGGCCAGUGGUGAUAAAUAUUCCAAAUCUUUUAUCCCUUGAACACAUGCUCUGUCUGGUAGCUACAGGUUUCAAGUGUUGUUACAUGAAUAACAAAAUGAUGUGUCAGAAACAAUAUAAAGGUGUGUAUUUGAAAACUGUUUAGUCUUAAUGUGCAUUAUAUUGAAUGAUAUACUCUAAAAGUAAAUGUGCAAUUUGCCAGCACAACAUGCAGUGAUUAGCAUUAGGUAUGUGUCCUGUGUAUAUCCUAGCCAUGCCCUGUUUCUUAUGAGUGCAAUCCUUUAUGUUCACAUGCUGUCUCGCUCCACCUCAUCUGACUUCAUUUAGGAAGCUCUAUGUAUUUUUACCUUUGUAGUGAAUUGCAUGUGCUAAUUAAAACCAUGGCUGUGAUUUUAUGUUGAUGUAACUAAAUAUUAUCAUAAAUGUUUAUAUAUCAGCUCUAAUCAUUUAAGAAAUAAAUUCUCAUUCAAGUUU